AUGUUCCAAGCUUUGACCAAUUUGGAAGAUCCAUCUAAUCCACUAUUGGGUCCAACUUUAUGGGGCUUACAAACAUGGGGCAUGUGGCAACCUAAUAAAGGAUUAAGUCGUGUUAUCUAUAACAUCAUUCAUCUUUUAGCUAUCAUCUUUGUAUUGACCCAAUAUGUUGAGCUGUGGUACAUCAGGUCAAAUCUAGAAAUGGCUCUAAGAAAUUUAUCGGUAACGAUGUUGAGUACAGUAUGCGUUGUCAAAGCUGGGACUUUUAUUGCCUGGCAGAAAUAUUGGAAAAAUAUCUUCGAAAACGUAUCAAUGCUGGAAAAGGAACAAAAAAACAAAAGAGACGAUACCAUAAAUAAAAUCAUCAAAAAAUAUACUGGAUAUUCUAGAACUGUCAUUUAUUUUUAUUGGUGUCUCGUGACAGUUACAGUUAUUACCGUCAUAUUAGCACCAUUGGUAAUUUACCUUUCAUCAUCGAAACGAAGAGAGGAAAUUAGGAAUGGCACGGCAGCAUACCCCGAAAUAAUGAGCUCUUGGGCACCUUUUGACAAAACCAGAGGCUUCGGUUACGUUAUACUAGUAACAAUUCAUAGCCUUAUUUGUUUCUACGGUGGUGGCAUUGUAGCAAAUUAUGAUGCAAAUGCAGUUGUUUUGAUUACAUUUUUCUCUGGUCAACUUGAAAUUCUAAAAUCGAACUGUGAACGAUUAUUUGGAGACGGUCAAGAGCAAGUUAGUUAUGUAGAAGCUGUGAGAAGGAUACAGGAUUGUCAUCAGCAUCACGUUAUACUGAUCAAAUACACGAGGAUAUUAAAUUCGCUUCUAUCGCCGGUGAUGUUUUUGUAUGUUAUCAUUUGUUCAUUCAUGUUUUGUGCCAGCGCCGUGCAAUUGACAACGGAAGGCACAACCAGUAUGCAGCAAGUUUGGAUAGCGGAAUAUCUUAUUGCGCUUGUAGUUCAGCUAUUCCUUUAUUGUUGGCACAGCAAUAAAGUUCUGUAUAUGAGUAAGACAGUCGACGAAGGUGUCUACGCAAGUGCUUGGUGGUCUCAGAGCCUGAGCGUGCGCCGCUGUGUUUUGUUACUUAGCGGUCAAUUGAAUAAAACCAUUAGAUUCACAGCUGGUCCCUUCACUGAGUUAACUGUUGCUACUUUUGUUGCUAUUUUGAAAGGAUCCUAUAGCUAUUACACGCUUCUGAGCAAAAAAUAA